AUGGGUCUAACCCCCCGGAUACACAUCUGUUUGCCAAGGGGUCCUGUGACAGUCAUCUACGGCACCAUUGUUGCAUUAGUUGUCUACUUUAUGGUAGCCUUGUCGCUGGCUGAACUACCAGCGUGUAUCCCACUGCUGGCGGCCAGUAUCAUUUUGCCUCUAUAUUAG